CUUUGCUGGGUUUUUUUUGCCUUCCUCUGGACCAACUGUGGUGUCUGGUCAUCUCCUGUACUGUGUCCGCAGUCUCUGGUCAUCUCCUGUACUGUGUCCGCAGUCUCUGGUCAUCUCCUGUACUGUCUCUGCAGUCUCUGGUCAUCCCCUGUACUGUGUCCGCAGUCUCUGGUCAUCUCCUGUACUGUGUCCGCAGUCUCUGGUCAUCUCCUGUACCGUGUCUGCAGUCUCUGGUCACCUCCUGUACUGUGUCCGCAGUCUCUGGUCAUCUCCUGUACUAUGUCCGCAGUCUCUGGUCAUCUCCUGUACUAUGUCCGCAGUCUCUGGUCAUCCCCUGUACUGUGUCCGCAGUCUCUGGUCAUCUCCUGCACUGUGUCCGCAGUCUCUGGUCAUCUCCUGUACUGUGUCCGCAGUCUCUGGUCAUCCCCUGUACUGUGUCCGCAGUCUCUGGUCAUCUCCUGUACUGUGUCCGCAGUCUCUGGUCAUCUCCUGUACUGUGUCCGCAGUCUCUGGUCAUCCCCUGUACUAUGUCCGCAGUCUCUGGUCAUAUCC